CGCGCUCGGAAAAGGCGCGCUCCCGGUCGCUCCGGAGAUCUGUCAGUUCAGUCGCUGGAUCCAGCUCAGGUAGCGGGACACUGAAGGCAUCCGGACACCGUCGAACAAGAACCAAGCCGUGUGUUUUAUCCGCUGUCCUCUUACAACAAACAGCAGCUCGUCUGUGUUUUAAUAACCGGACCCGCCUUCACAACUUGUUUCACGUUAUUAACGGCUCCGCUUCACUUCGCGCUCUGCCAUGAUGCGCGGGUCAGCUAGCUAACGUUAGCCGGAGAGCUAGCGUCCAUCAUCCGCUGUAAGUGGCGGAGUCUGUGCUCCUUCUCUCAGCCGUGUGUGGGUGUAUAAACCGGGUUAAAGAUGGAAAAAAGUAGCCGUAUUGUAGAACUGUACUACUAUCUGCAAGACCCCCACCAUGUCGCCCGCUUUCAGCGCAUUUGUGGAGUACGCGGGACGUUUUCGAGAACCGUCUCUGCUGGUAGUACCGCCACUAUCAGCAGCAGCAGCAAGGAAGCGGACCGGUCUCACUCGCACAACAACGGGGCUUGCCACCAUCACAGCACUGCGGAGAAUGAGGGUGAAAGCUUGGCCGUCAUGGGGGCCGGGGAAGGCGAGGAAGUGCAAACGACAGCAGGUGUUCGGAAGAGGACUGUCGAGUCUAUCGGUGUGAAAAACUCCGGAGAAGAAGCGGGAAAUGCUGCCCAGAACGGGGCAGCGGUGUCCGCGGCGACCGCCGGAGGGGAAACAGUCGGCGUGGGCAGUAACGGUCGCAGCCUCGCCGGGGCCACCGCCGCGGGUCAAGGGGCGACCGAGUCAGAGAAGACGGGGCCGGAGAAGGACUGCGAGGGUCCCCAAGCAAGCAGCACUCUGAAACCGCUCCGCAAAAACUCUCUAACCGGUGAUGCCGGUCAGGAGUUCCUGAUCGAAAACCGCUUCUUGUUCUACCUGUUCACUUUCGGGACCGAGCUGGGCAACGAGCUCUUCUACAUCACCUUCUUCCCCUGGGUCAUGUGGAACAUGGACGCCUUUGUGAGCAGGAGGCUGAUCAUGGUGUGGGUCUGGGUCAUGUACCUGGGUCAGUGCACUAAGGACGUGUUAGGGUGGUCUCGACCCGCUUCACCACCUGUGGUCAAAGUGGAGAUGUUUUACAACUCCGAGUACAGCAUGCCGUCCACACAUGCCAUGUCGGGCACCGCCAUCCCCUUCUCCUUGUUCUUCUUGACCUACGGCCGCUGGGAGUACCCGUUCUCACUGGGCUUCAGCUUGGCUCUCUGCUGGUGUCUGGUGGUCUGUGUUAGUCGAAUCUACAUGGGAAUGCACUCAAUCCUGGACGUCAUCGCCGGUGUCCUCUACAGCUCCCUGAUCCUGCUCUUCUUCCUGCCCGCGUUGGACCUGAUUGACAGCUUCAACCUGACCUGCCGCUACGCCCCGCUCAUCAUCAUCUCCUUCCACCUGGGCCUGGGCCUCUUCUCCUUCAACCUGGACACCUGGAGCACCUCGCGGGGCGACACCGCUCAGAUCCUGGGCACGGGUGCUGGCGUCGCUCUGGCCUCCCAUGUCAACCACCUCCUGGGUCUGAUGCCCGACCCGACGCCGGAGCAGCUCCCCUUCACCUUUCCCACCCUGAGCACCGGCCUGGUGGGCGUUGCCAUGCUGCGGUUCGUCCUGGGCGUGCUGGCCCUGGUGGCCACGCGGGCACUGAUGAAGGCGAUCACCAUCCCGCUGGUGUGCUGGGUGUUCGGAGUGCCAAGCGGAGACGUGAGGAAGGCCAGGCAGCACAUGGAGGUGGAGCUGCCCUACCGCUACAUCGUUUACGGGACCGUGGGCUUCAACGUGCUCUUCCUGGUCCCGCUGCUCUUCAGCUACAUGCAGCUCUCGAGAGUUUCAUCUUCUCGUGUCAGGAGGGAGGAGGCGGCGGCAAAGCUGGUGGAACGAUGACGGCCGAGAGUCCAGAGGAGAGGUCAGGAUGACGGAGGGAGGACAAAGCUCAGGCAAGAAAUAAGAACAAGACAGUUAUGAAGCGUACUCCAAAAAAGAAUAAAUUGAAAAUUAAACAAAAAGGUUAAAAAAUUAAUAUGUUGUGGAUUCUCAUAAAACGUUUUUCUCAAAAUAUGACACUUCAAAUAUUCCAACUUUAUUUUGGAAGUCAAAAAGCAGACACAGCAGUCUAACACUGAGCUUGUUCCCGUCUCAACACAGUCACCAGAUCCACUCAUCAAAAGUAGAAUUAAAACUAUUAUUUUCUUUCUUGGUUUUGCCAGAGAAAUAUUAAAUUUUUUUAGAUUUUAUAAACUCAGUAAUAAUCUAACACCAGCUCAGCCCUGCUGAACGACGGAAGGAUCAGAUCUAAACCGAGUCAAAGGAGCCAGAUGUGAUCACUGGUGCAGGCACGUGUGAUGAAUUAUUGAUAUGUUCAUUAUAGAUGGACAGGGCCGCUCUGAAGUUGAGAGAAAUUAGCUUUUUCUUUCAGACAGGCAGAAGUGAUGAUAUUAAAAACAGGUGAUUAAAGGUGUGUUCAUAUCCAGAUCUAGGUUUUACGCAUCUGAUAAAAGAAUGAAUAUUCAUAUUUUUGCCAUAUUUAUAUUAUAUAUCUGGCCCCAGAGGGUUUAAAAACUGUAAUAUAAAAGCAGCAUGAGUGGAUCUGCUGGUUAUUUCAAACGAGUAUUGAGUGAUUUCAAAUUUGAAUCUGUGAAGUAGCGAACCAGAGAGUUUUGAUACAACCUAAUUUUUUUUGUGUUCUAAAAAAAGACUUCCUAUUCUAUCAUAGAGCAAGACUUCAUACAAUUUGUAAAGAUUAUUAAACAACUAAAGAUGAUUGUCAUUAUCGAUUUAUCUGUAAAACAUUGUUUUUAAGUUGUGUGGUCCAUAAAAUGUCAAAAAUAGUGACAUGACGUCUACAACCCAAGAUAUUCAGUUCACUGUCAAACAUUUUAUCCUUGAUUUUAAAAAAAAAAAAGACUCAAAACCAUUAACGGUUGUGGCUCUAACAAGAAAAAUAUCAUUUUUUAAAAUCUUAAUUGACAUUGGACUACUUAACCUCAAACAUGUUCGCUCUCCUCAGUGUCCACGUGGACUUUGACUCAUCCUGUCGUCCUCCCACUCUAGCCGAGCCACCGUAGUAAAUAAACCCUUCAGACCAUUAAACCUGGUGAUGAACCAACCUGAUUUCCUCUGUGCCUGAUUUACUUUCUAUUGAGAUAAGGCCACGGUUGUCUAGUUUUCAAAGUCUAAAAUCAAGACAUUUUGUGUUCAUAGUUCCUCAUGUACUUCCUGUUUGUGUUCAGUGUUCAGUUUCACAGCUUUAUUACAGUAUUUAGUUUAACAAAAAAGACCUGAGUGGAAGAAAACUGAGCUUGAAAGUUCAGUUUGACGUUUUUCUGGAGCUUUUUGCUCAGUGUGCAAACAGAUGAAGACCAUGAGAUGUGACUGAAAGACCUAUACACAGACACAGUAUAUCUGAGAUAAACUGGUAUCGACUGAUUGAACACUAUGGAGGAAAAAGAUAAAAUCUGGCCGCAGACGGCACCUAAAACCUCAUUUGGAAGCCUCUCGCUAUUAAAUAAAUGAGUGAUGAACACAGUUGAAUUUCAGAGGUUAGAUGGGCAGCACACCAGGUGUUAGUAACUAAAGAUGGCUGAGCUUCUCUGUGUGCACCUUCACCAGAAGAAAAACGAGUGAUGUGUUCACUGUUUUUAGUCUGUCUCAAACAUUUCACUGUCCUGUGUUUAAACUGAAUCUUCUCGAGGCAAUAACGACUGAACAUCUGGCCCUGAUGUUUCAUUCACACAUUCCUCCUCGUGUUUGUCCACUGCAGCUGUUGUGGGUGAAGUGCCUUGCUCGAGGGCACCUUAUUUUAAGUUUUUGCUUUGUUUUUUUUUGUUGUUGUUUUUUUGUUUGGUGGUGUGUUUAGGUGCUGCUCCCUUUGCUGGUGACCUUUCACCUCCAGAGAAAAACAAUAUUUUCACAAGUCUUAAUUUGCAGCAGGGAGCCACAGCUGACACGUUGUUGUGAUGAUGUUCAGUAUACGGUACUGUCCCAAUAUGAAUGCACUGUUCCCAGAAUGCACUGUUGUCCCCCCCUGAGCCGGGCAGAAAAGGUGACGUUGGUCCAAAACGUUAAUCUGAGGAAACGAGUUCAGGACAUUCAAAUGUUUGUUUACAUUUGGGCCCAUCUUAUUUAACUUUUUCCUUGUUCAAUAUUUGGUCAGUAGAUGAAAAUAUUAUUCAUCUUUUUCUGUUAAAUUUACGUCUGCAGCUUACAAUUAUUCUGACUAUACUUUGUUGUCUACAAUGUCUUGUUUUGAAAAGCAGGAAAUCCUCCAUUUUAAAAGCUUGAACCAAAAAAUAUCUGACAUUUUUCCUUUGAUGUCAUAACUGACUGUAGAAAGUAACAAACUUUAAAACAUUUUAAGUUUAACAAGUUACUUUACCAAAGUAUUUCCAUUUCGUGCUACGUUAUGCUUCUGCUCCACUACAUUAAUCUGACAGUUACUUUUACGACCAAGGUCGUGUCAUUAAGUCAUAUCUAAUAAAUGAUGAUGCAUUGUUGUAUAUAAAUAAUCCAUAUUUAAACAACAUGGCUCUUACACAGUAAUAAACCAGCAUGACUAUUCCCAGAGCUGUUCUGCCACCCAUGUGUGCUUUUACUUUUGAUACUUUAAGUAAAUCUUCGUGCUAAUACUUCUCUAUUUCUACUGGGAUGCAGGACUUAAAUAGUAAUGGAGUAUUUUUACUUUUACUGCUGUUAGCCUGCUGUCAUAGACGACACAAACGGACCAGCAUCACCUGAGCGUCUGUCAGGCCGUGAUGAGGCGUCUCCUCUGCCCGGCUCGUUUCACUUCCUGUGGCCUUGCCUUGUGCACGAAAAUUUUUCUGUUUGUUGUAGCGCUUUUUUUUUUUUUUUUGUCUGAAUGUGGUUUCCUGUGUGUACCAAGUAAAACAGGAAGUUUGUCUCUGUUCACUUUGUUUUUGGUUCAUCAACAAAACACAUGAUUUGUGUUGAUCCUGUGGUGGAUUCGGUUUGUGUCACCAAUGUUCCAAUAGAUUUCAAUAAAAUACUUUUUCAUCA